AUGAGGUUUAGCAGUAUGCUCAUCGCCACCGUCUCUACCUUUCUAUUGACUCUCUGCCAACAAACCAUUGGCCGCUUAUUUCCCAUCAACGUGGACCGUUUCCCUAUUUUUCGUCAACGAACAGUAAUCGACGACCAACCAGAAGGCUCGUGCCCUACAAACCCUCCUCUAUCGACGACUGAACGGACCGUCUUCGGCAUUUGGGGAUGCGUUGUCUACGGCUACCCCUCAACUGGCGGGGUUCUCAGAAAAGACGCUGACCUUGUCGAUAUGCUUUUCCUAUCGCUCCCCCGCUCUCAUGUAUCGCAGCGCUCAGCCAGUGCCGACGAAGAAGACAGAUUCUGUAAUCUCCUGCGAGGGACAGGUGCGACGUGGUGGCCGAGUAGGGAGGAUUGGGUCGAGGUGCAGCUUGACGGGAGGGAGAUGACUGAGGAAGAAGCAAAGGUGGUGGAGUUUGGUUGGCCGACGGAUGGAGUGGGCGUAUGGGUGUUGAGGUUUGCGAGUGCCGAACAACUGCCAAGGGAUUUUGGGAGAAUGCGUUUAGCGAUGAAUAUGGAGGAGAAGAUCCAGAUCAUGAGAGAGUAUGGCGCUACCUUUGUUGAAGAUGUCACGCAGGUGGAGGAACUUUAUGAUCGCUAA